AAGUUAUAUGCCGUCAUAAGGCUGUGCCGCGCUCCCGCGUUUGUGAUUCGGCUGAGGAGAGUGUCCAAACAGAAAUAAAUUCUGGUCAAGUGACUAUUAUCAAGAUGGCAUUUAUUAAAGAGGAGAGUGGAAACAUGAAGAUUGAAGAAACAUUCAAAGUGAAAAAAGAAGAGACUGAGGAACAAACAAACAUGUCAUUUAUUAAAGUGGAGAGUGAAGAAGAAUUAAGAGUGAAACAAGAAGAUACUGAGGAACAAACAGAAAAAAGCACAAUAACAACUACAAUCAAUAGAAGAACAUACGUCAUACCAAAGGGUCUACAGGUGUGUUUCCUCACAGACUCAAUGUGUCGGGAUAUUGAGGACUACUUUCCAAAUGCUCAAUGCUGGGUUCAUCCAGACACAACUCUCAUGAGAUCCAUUGAACAAGACAUAAAACUCUUUGAGCAACUACACAACUACACGAUAGUGAUUCUCCAUAUAGGAACAAACGACAUCACAAGUGGAGCAUCUGCAUCGACUGUCGUCCAGCGAAUGAAAACUCUCAUAUCAAGAAUCUCACUGGUCAAUCCACACAUUCUGUAUUUCACAAUCAGCGCUAUUUUACCACGAUUAAACGACGACUCCAUGAUGAAAACUACAAUCAAACAAUGCAACAGCUUGCUUCAACACUGGACUUCACAAACAAGAAAUAUUCUGUUUCUAAACACUACAAAACCAUUUCUCAAAAAUGGAAAAAUAGUCCAAAACCUAUACAAGGAUGAUGGACUUCACCUCAAUCAAGAAGGAAAACACAAACUUUUUUCAUACUUUAAGCGUUUUCUCUGGCAUUUUUGCCAAUUUUCAUGAAGUGCAAAAUGUACUUAAAACAUCUCAUGAAAAACAUUCCUGUGAAAGUUUCUGAGCUCAGUCUAAUGAGGACACCAGACCAGCCUUAAGGCCCUGAUAUACUUCAAGUGAAGUUCUUUUUUGUUUUUCGUUUAGGAGUAAAACGAAGUUCGAAAUGCAUUAGCAGCUAGAUAUACGGUAUAUAGAUAUACGGUAAUAAAACAUCUGAUGCCACCCACACUGCUGAGAGCGACUGUUAGAUGAAUAUGUAAAUAUGUGCUGUACACUUUCUUCUUAGUAAUAAAAUAAACACAACAAAAAUGA